AUUGGAAUAAAUUUUCAGAUGACCAUGAAGCAGUAAGUGCAUUGAAAGUAGCUGAUAUUGAUGGACAAUUAGUUACACUUGAUGGUCGUCGUCUGUUGGUUGCGCAAAAUGCAGAAUUGAAAUUUGUACCAAUUCUUAUUGUUCAGUUAGAUGAUCGGCGAACUGGUACUAAUCAUACAUGGCGAAAAGCGUUCGAAAAGUGA